AGUUUCUAGCCCUCCAGCCUCCGCCCCACCCAUUACAGGGACUUCCCAUCUCUGAUGGCACCUUUAAAGGGACGGAAACGGAGGCAGGGCCCUGGCGUCUGGGCCAGUGUUUAGAGAGGGUAUGGCAGGGUCAUUUCUGUUGUGGGGGAAAUGGGCAGGAUGACAGUGUUCCUCCCCAAUGGCAGGAGGAAACCCAGGUAUCUGAGCCCCCAGAGGGCGUACAUGGCUGAGCUGCUCCCAUCCAAUGGUCCAGAUUCAGUGACCGACCUGCAAUGUGACCUUGGGGAAGGCACCACUGUACUUUCUGGGUCUGUUUCCCCUCUGUGUAAAGGCGUGAGACAUCUCCUGAGAGGAGCAAACAGGAGCAGGAGCAUGGGAAGACUUUUGCACACUGUGGGGUCGGGGGCUCCUCUGGUGGGUCCAUCAAGGUUUGCGAAAGCCGAGAGGGACACAGCGGCAGCGCUGUGGUUUGUUUUGCAGGCACAAAGGGCCUGUCUGGUGGGGAACAAACCCUCUCCGAUCCCUACCAGGACUCCAGUCCCCACUCUGUGUUAACCUCUCCACUGCCCCAGGGAGAUCGGAGGAGGGGGUCCUGGUGGGCCUUGUGGCGCAGAAGACCAGGCAGAACCGAUUGGACCAAGGGGUGCGGUACGGGAAGGAGCACUGUGCAGAGUUAAGCCUCCUGAGUUCUAGUCCAGGCUCUCACUGUCACAUAGGCAAAACCCUCCCCCAGGUGGAGACUGGAGUCCAUGAUUCCUAAGCACCAGCUACCAGAGCUUAUGACUCGGGGCCAAAACAGAGAAGAUGGGAGAGGUGGAUGGAGACCGGAUGCCCUAGCAGAGCUGAGAGGGACGGAGAACGACCUAAAGGGUGUGGGCAAUGUCGUGAACGGGCGAGGCAGAGGCGGGGCCAGAGCAUGCCAGCCCUUGAUUGGCUGCGCUGGCUAUCGCUCCGCCCGAAUUCUAUAAGAGGCACUGGCGGCUGGCGAGGAGCGGACGCGGGGGCUGCGGCCACAUCGCGUGCGUUCUUGACAUCCAUCCUCCCCCUCGCAGGGGCGGACGGCCUAACCCGAGGACCGACUGCUGCAGACCGCCGGGGGGCGGGGGAUGCCGGGCUGCCGCAUUAGCGCCUGCGGCCCGGGGGCCCAGGAAGGGGCAGUGGAACCGGGGUCGCCGCCGCCGCCCCCGCCCCGGGAGCCCCUGGCAUCCCCUCAGCCCCCGCCCCCAACUCCGACCUUGACCCCGGCACCGACUCAGGCCUCGUCGCUGCCAGAAGGGACCCCGGCGUCGGAGGGCUUGGCCGAGGGGCAGGAGGUGCAGCGCUGGCGUCAGGGCGCUGAUGGGGUUGCGGGGGCCACCGGGCCGGCAGGGGGCGCGGGCGGCGGCCCGGGUGCGGCGGGGUCCGGGGGGCGCGCCCUGGAGCUGGCCGAAGCGCGGCGGCGACUGCUGGAGGUGGAGGGCCGCCGGCGCCUGGUGUCGGAGCUGGAGAGCCGCGUGCUUCAGCUGCACCGCGUCUUCCUGGCGGCCGAGCUGCGCCUGGCGCACCGGGCCGAAAGCCUGAGCCGCCUGGGCGGUGGCGUGGCGCAGUCCGAGCUCUACCUGGCGGCGCACGGGUCGCGUCUCAAGAAGGGCCCACGCCGGGGCCGCCGCGGCCGCCCGCCCGCGCUGCUCGCCUCGGCGCUGGGUCUGGGUAGCUGCGUGCCCUGGGGCGCCGGACGCCUGCGGCGGGGCCGCGGCCCGGAGCCGGAUUCGCCCUUCCGCCGAAGCCCGCCCCGCGGCCCCGCCUCGCCCCAGCGCUGACCUCGGCGCCGCGACCCCUGGCCACCCGACAGGCCGUUGCCGAGGCGCGGAUGGAGGACUGCGGACCGCGUCACUGACGCGGAUGGAUGGACUGGUCGGUCACAGGAAGAGACAGUCGGGCGGCCGGGGGACCAGUAAAGGAGGCUGAGCUUCUCCCAGCAACUCUAUGGAUCUGAACUCCUGGGAUUCUGUUCCUUCCCUGAGCACCUCCUCCAGGAAGACAUCUUCACUGGACCCUUCACAAGGCGGAGCCUCCGUACUUCACAAGGGCACUUGGUUUUGCAGAGACGGGGGCAGGAUUCUGGGGACGUUCCUGUAUAUGAAUUUCUUUAUGUAUGCCACAUUUGACUUAGGCUUAUGUUGUACAAUUGGAAGUCCCUGAGAUGCAAUCAGAUUAUUUAAGAGUGUAAGCAAACCUUUCCAAUGUGAAAGUGAAAAGGAUUUCUUUAAAAAAUAGAGUCAUCACUCUUAAACAAGUCACAACACGGCUUGGUAGCUGCCCUCGCUUCUCAGUCUAACAGCUUGGAGACCUGUUUGAGGGAAACCAGUUUGAGAAAUCCCUGUCGUCCUCAUUCACUGUUCUUGCCCUGUCCCUGUGGGAACAUGCCUGUGGCCCCUCGGAAACAUGAUCAGCUCUGGCUCCUGAGGGAACACACCUCUUUCUGAGAAAGAGGUAGUGGCUACAUAGUUCUAAGCAAAGUUUUAAAGGAGAAAAGGAACCACACUUAUUCAAAUGUCCUGGUAAUAGAUGGAAGAGGGUCACAUUUACUCACCCACAACCCAGAACUUAUAGAAUUCUGCGAAAUGAAUGUAUAUUGAGUCAGUCCCCUGAUGCAUACAUUCAGGAAGAAUAAAUUUCAAUGAUGUGAGACAA